AUGCCGCCAUCUGCAUCAAGACGAAUCGUGCCGCGGCGCUUCUUGCGCCAGUUUGGCAGCACACGCGCCGCCCAGGCAGACUUUACUCACGCCAUCAUCGGCGGCGGGGUGGUCGGGCUCUCCAUAGCGCAGCGGCUCUCGCAGCACCAAACCGGGCGGCGGGCGUCGGCGGUGCUCCUGGAGCGGCACGCGUCGCUGGGGACGGAGACGACGUCGCGCAACAGCGAGGUCAUCCACGCGGGCAUCUACUACGGGCGCGAGACGCUCAAGACGCGGCUGUGCCUCCGGGGCAAGCAGCUCCUGUACGAGUUCUGCGGGCGGCACGGCGUGGCGCACCGGCGCACGGGGAAAUGGAUCGUCGCGCAGGACGGCGCGCAGCGGCGCGAGCUGGAGAGGCUGCGGGCGCACUGCGAUGCCAUGGGCGUGCCGACGCGCUGGGUGACGCGGCGCGAGGUGCGCGAGGAGGGCGAGGGCGUGCGCGCGGCCGCCGGCGCGCUCGAGUCGCCGACGACGGGCAUCGUCGACGCCCACGGCCUGGUGGCCUCGCUGGCGGGCCUGUUCGAGGACAGCGGCGGCGUCGUCGCGCUCAACUCGGCCGUCGAGGGCGUCUGGCCGCUCGGGGCGUUGAGCCCCCCCGGCAGUCGUGGCUGGCGGGUCGACGUGCGCGACGCGGCGACGCGCGAGGUCUCGAGCUUCACGGCCGAGACGGUCGUCAACGCCGCCGGCCUGGCGUGCGUCGACGUCUACAACAUGGUCGUGCCGGCGGGCCUGCGGAAGCGGCUGUGGUUCGCCAAGGGGUCGUACUUCUCCUACUCGGCGUCGAGGCCGCGCGUGUCGAGGCUGGUGUAUCCUGCGCCGGUCCCGGGCGCCGGCGGGCUGGGCACCCAUCUCACGGUCGACCUGGGCGGGAGGAUGCGCUUCGGGCCGGACGUCGAAUGGGUCAGCGGCCCCGAGGACCUGGCGGUCGGGAGGGAGCGGCUGGCGCGGGCGCUCGACGACAUCAGGGCGUAUUUGCCGGGCGUGGAUGAGACGUGUCUGCAGCCCGAGUACGCGGGCAUCAGGCCCAAGUUGAGCUACGGGGGGGCUGGGCAGGCUGGCGACAAUUUCAACGACUUCGUGGUCAGGAUGGAGGACGGCUAUCAGGGCUGGGUGAAUUGCUUGGGCAUCGAGAGCCCCGGGCUGACGAGCAGUCUGGCCAUUGGGGAGAUGGUCGAGGAGCUGUUCUACGGGACGAGGGGGAACUGA